AGUCGUGAGCAGGCACUGCGGAUCUGUUGCCCCAGCGGAGGCUACUUGAUCUGCCUGCGAUGCGGUACAAACACCGCACGAAGUGUGUACAGAUUCCCAGUCAGACAGCGGGAGGGACCUGCGAGCGGCCACGGGGCUGCUUCAUCUCUAGGAGACUGAGAGCUCAAGCAGAGCUCCUGUGCCCUGCUUCUUCCCUGGCUUGAGCUGGAUCCAGGACCAGCUGCUAUCCUCCUGUUCACUCCGGCACUGCCCUCACGUCUCCGACAUGACCCACCUGCUCACAAUGUUCCUGGUGGCCCUGAUGAGCCUGCCUGUGGCCCAGGCUCUGGAGUGCCACGUGUGUGCCUACAAUGGAGACAACUGCUUCAAACCCAUGCGCUGCCCAACCACAGCCACCUACUGUAUGACCACACGAACUUACUUCACCCCUUACAGGAUGAAGGUGAGGAAGUCCUGUGUCCCCAGCUGCUUUGAAACCGUGUACGAUGGCUACUCCAAGCACGCAUCUGCCACCUCCUGUUGCCAGUACUACCUCUGCAACGGUGCUGGCUUUGCUACCCCGGUGACCUUGGCCCUGGUCCCGGCACUCCUAGCUACCUUCUGGAGCUUGCUGUAAAGCUCUGUUCCCCAAGCCAGAUCCACUCAAACGCAACACUUUAAAAAACAUAGUUUUCCCCUCUUGUCCAUUCGCUCCACCCAACCCUCUUCCCUCUGAGACUCCUCAGCCACCACGAGGUCCCAUGGCUACCUACAAAAGGACUGAUGGCAUCCAGAUACCUCACUCCAAGGUCAUUUUCAGAAGGCUGAUGUGUGGACCUGUAAUGUGCCCCACCCAUGGGUGGGGCAGACUGGGUUCCUCCUCUACCCAGGACCAGGGGCAUCUGGAAGAGUGUUGUUUAUGGCGGAGGGGUCAUCACUCAAAUCAAGGAGCACUCAUUUCAUAGAAUUAGUAGCCAAACUCCACCUUCAUAGCAUCAGGAUCCUGCCUCAGUCUACCCAGUAGAGGAUGGGUCUGCUAAAGGGGGGGGGGGGCGCUGGGAAUAACAAGCUGGCUAGACGCAGAGAAAGACUCAGCAGGGCUGUCUUCCAUGUCCAGCACGGCUUGCCAGAGAAAACUUGAUGUGGAAGCCAUGUGAGGAAGCCCUUUGUCAUUUCCACUUAUCUGAGGAACUCUGCCAGACCUGAUGUCAGGAUAGCCAUUGGCCAAGGGUUCCUAGCAACGGCGUCAUUUCCAUAGGCCUCUGAAAUCCCUCUAGACCCAGCUCAACAGGUCCCUUGACCUCCACUGCAGUCCCUCAUCCACACACCGGCUGCUGGGCCUUGAGGCUGGCGGGGACAUGGGGGCAGAUGACUCAUGCAUAUUUUUGUCUGGCCUGUGCACUGGCCAGUUAUUCUGGGCAUGGCAGGGAGGGAUCAGACGCAGGUUAGAGCAGAACAGUAGGGUGACCAAGACAGGGAAGCAGACUUCAGCCGGCGGUUUCCCAGGUCCCGUAGGCAGCUCCUACAUCCUUCAGUCUCUUGGGAAAUUCUCGGGAGACAAGUGUACAGGGAGCCAGCCCAAGUGAUAGGUGACAAUGCCUGUGAAGUCUAUUGUGGCCGCAGACUGCUGGGUACCAAGUCUCGGGAGAACCCAGCCCAGAUUUGGGAGACACCGAUCUGCCUUUCAUGCCGUGUCGCUGUCCCCGGGAGCCUUACCCUGCUCUCUAACUCGUACCCCAACUCACGUGCCACUGAGGAACCCCCUGACGCUGACCUAACUCAGGGGUCAGGAUGCUGGCCAAUGUCCAUGUAAUGGGAUUACCCAUGGAGAGUCCUUGGGUCAUCACAUCCUGCUGGUCACCACAUCGCAAAUGUUUUAUUCUGACCUCCCAGUGGUGGGAUCUCAGGUCACAAAGGUCCAUCCUGGGGACCUUCCUCCCGGUUCUAGGCAGACCUUGAGCUCUGUCUGCUGCUAGAACUGAUGUGGUUUUCUGCCUCAGUUUCCUCCUCUGGGGAUAAGCCACUGGAGGAUUUGGGCAGGUGGGGAAGGCAUCCUGCUGAUGGGCUGGCCAGGAAAAGGGAGCAGGGAGCGCACGUGCACAUGUGCACCCAGGCAGUGGCUACAGAGCCCAAAAGGCAGCACUGGCUUUGGUGUCCCCUGAGGCCCAGGCAGGAUGCUAGGAGGAAGCCAGUGUUGCCCCCACCUGAGCUCGCAUGGAACAUACACACCACCACCACCAACACCACCACCACCAACAACAACAACAACAAACAUUGGGACUGACCUGUGGCAAGGAGGGUCAGAGGCAGGCCCUUGACUCAGUAGUGAAACAUUAUCCUGUUACCCUGCAUGUGCAAGUUCAUUGUCCCCAGCUAGGUGGCGUCCUCAGCCAAAACUGGGAGGAAACCCAGAUCAGGUCCUCCCUCCUACCACAAGGGGGUGCUGUGGGAGAGGCUUGAUUAUCUGUGGCCCCAAAGCGAAGCGCUGAAGGUGCUGCGGUGUUGGGGGCAGCUUCUUUCAUCUGUGUCGGGACACUGACCAGAUAGGCCCCACAGUGGCCACACUGCCACUCAGCCGCACAGGAAGCCCUGUGCCUAGCUAGCCUGUCCUUGGUGCUUAGCACAGAGUCCCAAAUGUGCUCAAUUAAUACAGGGCCAAGCCUGCCAGUGGAGGAUGCAGAUUAGGGGAACAGACCCAGAUGGCCUCUCCUGAAUCCUGUCUGGGCUGGGGCGAUGAACAUCUGUCUAGCCCACUGCAGGUGGCUCUGCACACUCCACAGCAGUGUCUGAGGUGGUCAUUACUGUGCCCUGUUGACAGGUAAAGGCACUGAAGCACGGAGGAGUGAGGCACUUCGUUUUCUUGGGCCAUUCAUCUUUCCAGAACCAACACGUUCAACUCUGGGUAUUCCUCCAACAGCUGGGGUUCUUUGAGGCUGGGCCCCCUGAAGAUGAUAGUGGCUUCAUAAACCAGAGAAUUUCAGAGUGCAGUGUUGUAAGAGCCCAUGAACCUGAAAUGUCAGAACUGGAGGUUUGAGGGGCUGAGGGGUAGGCCAGGGGUGUCCAGCCCUGUGUGUAGACACAGAGAGAGGGGGAAAAUGGAUGAGGUAGUAGAGAGAAGUGUAAAGGAGCGUUAGCCUUUGUCAGGGCUAAUGCUGUCGGGGACUAGGGCUCAAGCCCGUGAGUAGUCUCACACUGGUAAACAAUGGCCCCUCAACUCAACACAGAUGAUGUCCAGGGUGGCCGGCAGCGGUUAUCUAUUGAGUUACAAUCUGGAAGCCUCUUGGUAGUCACUGGAGAGGGGGCCACUUGAUGGGACAGCACCAAAUGUGUGUGCUUCUGUAGGAUUUGAAGAAGCUGGGUCAGCGCAUGAAGCCAAAGCGUUCUUCAGAGCAGAGAGGGGUGGGCUGGUCUAGUCCACCAGAGACAAGCUAUCCCGUGAGAGUCAUACUCUGCCACCGUCUCUGUGAUUAGCUCCCCCCAAAGCAGACGGGGGCAGGACGCAGAGCACCUGUGCCUUCAUCUUCUGUGGCAAGCAUGUGAGUUCACAUUCUGAAACUCAAAAGAUUUCCAGGAGUGGGGUGUGCCUUUGCUUUGGUGCGUGGUUACUUCCUGGCAAGCACCAUGGCAUCCCGCAGCAUCGAGUGACCUGGGCUCCUCAAGCCAUCUCAUUGGUGAAAUGACAGUGCCAGUACCCUCUCAGCUGGCUCUUGGAGGCCUAUGCCUGGGGUCUGCACAGAGGAGGCCCCAAAGGAUGCAUGUAUGGACACAUGAUGCCUGGCACUUCCCUUGGUUGUGUCUCUGCAACCCCAGGCUCUCACCCAGCAAGGAAAUGAAAUCCACUUUUACGACACAUCUCCCUCCCCCGGCCAGCUCCAUCCACCUAUACCCCAGAGCAGUCCCUUUCAAUGUCUGUCCCCCAUUGAAUAAUAAACAAGUGAAGGACA